AUGCACCCAUUCUUUCGAAAAGAACGGACGGAUCAUGAUUCUGAUACCCAUAGCCCUUCGCAGGCUGCAGGUCCACUCUCCAUCGACGGUGCACUCGAGGAAAAGACGACAAUUGCUGAAGCCAUGAACCCUGAUAAUAUGGUUGAUAGAUCUCAGAGUCAUCCAACAGUAUCGCCUGAGAAGUCGCGCACAGUUGCACUCAGCAGUAGAUCGUCGUGGAACCCUACACAACCUGUCAAAUAUACGUACCACGAGAACAUUUACCAUGACAUAAUGCCAGACAAUGCGGGAACCAAACGAAGGAAGACAUCUCAGGGACAUGAAUAUGUUGUCCCAGUGGCUGAAAAUACUCUUACAGGCUCUGAAACAUGGCAUGAACAGCUCACACGUGCUGCCAGCUCUACUGCCAGCCGUCAGACUUCAGAGCAAGGUCAAAUUCAUGAUGGAUUCGAUUCACAACCCAUUGGGACUUCACAAGACCCAUCGAAUGCCAGUGAAUCAACGACAGAAAGGUCGGUCGAUCUUGAGACACAACAACACUUAAAUCUGCAUCAAUCCCUUACUUCCCUUCCUCAUCCUUCUCAGUCACCUUCAGAGAAGGAUCCUAUAAUUGACCCCAGUCUGACUAGCCCUACUACUGCUCCUGACUCUGCCAUGGAUACUCCAAGGAACAAGAGUGUUCGCCUAGGCGCGAUCGGCAAGCUCAUCAACUCCCCUAAGCACGCCCAGAAGACAUCACCAGCUAUGAGAAACACCAAAAGAACAAAGACUCCUUCCAGGGCAAGGAAAGUUGAGAUGAAGAAUGGAAAGUUCGUUUCUUCACUAAGGAUCACGCUGCCCUACGCAUCUCCAGACACUGGCAAAAAGAUCAACGAGAUCUUGUCAUUCAAAACCCUCUCCCUCAAUCAAUCUUCCACUCAAACCCUCCGGGAAACCAAGAAAGCCUCCUCCGCAGGCACUAAAAUUGUUCACCCAUUCUUCUUGAACAAACCCUUGACUCCGAUGGUCUCCAGAGCAGCUAGCGAAGCAGCCUCUGCAUGUCCAGUAUCCGAAGAUGAGUCUCGAGUAAUACUCAAAGCACCAACACCGUGGAAGGACAUCAUCUUCGGCUCGAGAAAUACAUCUCAGAAAUCUCUCCCUGGGCUCGACCCUAUCUGGCCGCCUAAUGCACUCCAUAACAUUCAGCCGGAAGAGCGACUCUGGUUACCCAGCAAAACAAUACCACAGGCUACGAUCAAGUCAAAAUCAAAACACAUUGUGCCUAGUGUGGACUGUGCGGAAGAUGUUCUGAGUACUUUUGGAGGUCAAUUGCGCAGAGAUCUUAUUCAACCCCCAGAUUCUGUUCACCUUCCCACUCGCCUAAUCAUGAGCGGCAAAUCAUUAUUCGAAAGCUUGACGCUGGAUUCCUUAGUCAAGCCAGUUGCGAAUAUGCUGCAAUCAAGGAUUGAAUCGAAACCCACUGCUUUCGACCAAGGUCGUGCUUCUGGGCCUUGUCUGUGGCCACAAGCAUAUGCGCCGGAACGCUGGGAAGAGGUGCUCCAACCUCAGGCAUACGUUCUGCAUGACUGGUUGAGGACUCUGGAAGUUCAUAAUGUCCAAAGCGGCAAUACCCAAUCGAAGCCCAAAAUUGCCAUGCAAAAGAAACGACGGAAGAGAAAAACCGACGAGCUGGAUGACUUUAUUGCCCAUUCAGACGAUGAUGCAGAUAAUGACAGUCUGUCUCCGAAAAAUGCCAUACUCCUUACUGGGCCUUCUGGGUGUGGCAAAACAGCCUCUGUCUAUGCAGUUGCUCAACAGCUCGGCUUCGAAAUUUUCGAAAUCUAUCCGGGUAUGCGACGUAACGCUAGAGAUAUUAUGGACCAGGUUGGUGACAUGACUAAAAAUCAUCUCGUACAAAGGACAACAGGCAUAUCGAGUCGCAGAUCUAGUGUGUCUGCGAGUGACAAUGAGUCUUGUCCAGCGCUUCCAGUCAACCUACCUCCGAAUCAGCAAACGAUGGCCGCCUUCAUGGGAAAUGGAACGAAAAACAAAAAGCCAGGGCUUGCUGGCGUGGAAGCAAAUAAGGGAGGCAAGGCAAAGUCUCAGAAGCAGUCUCUAAUUUUGUUUGAAGAGGUUGAUAUUCUCUUUGAAGAAGAUAAAGGCUUCUGGAGUGCUGUACAAACACUUAUUCAGGCUUCCAAGAGACCGGUCAUAUUGACUUGCAAUGACCCCACUUCCGUACCGGUGGAUGAUCUGAACUUAUAUGCAACACUUGAGUAUGAGAACCCUUCAACAGAAGUUGCAGUCCAGUACCUCCGAAGUGUCGCUGCUUCUGAGGGCCAUCUGCUUAGUUCUCAAGCUAUUCAAAAUCUCUAUGUCAGCAAAGGCUAUGACCUGCGUGCGUCGUUGACGGAGCUCAACUUUUGGUGUCAAAUGACUGUGGGAUCGCAACUAGGUGGGAUCGACUGGAUGAUGCCGUACAAUGAGAGACAUGCUACCUCUUUUCCUGGGUCGAUCACUCGGAUUGUGAGCAAAGACACAUUCAUUAGUGGCCAUGACCUGCUACCGACUGAGACGCGCAACUCUGAUGACUUGAUAGGUUUUGCGAUGGAGCACUUAGGCAUGUCUGCCCUUGAUUGGGUAGAUCAAGACGUCGAGCGCUCCCAGCAUGCUACUGUCUUGCAAAGACUUGAUGAUUUGUUCUCACUAUGUGAGGCUAGAAGUUCUAUGGAUGUUCUGGACGACACGAUCUCACCCUUGUUAGCUGCUAAAAUCAAGCAAAACUCGCCGUCUACUACUCGCAUUCGCCCAAGAGAGCAACUGGUAGAACGCCAUCUUGCUCCUCGCCGGCUACAGUUAUCGAGCCGUGACAUUCUUGAAAUAUUCGGUUCCUUGACUGAAGAAAAUCGCAUUGGACUUCCACAACCACCUGGGCGCAAGGCACCAUCGUUAGACAGUUCGGCUGUAUCUGUGGCUACUGAGAUCGCUCCAUAUAUUCGGCAGAUUGUGCUCUACGAUCAGCGACUUGCAGUCCUUCGCAAUGACCUCGAUGGUGGCUCCCAAUCCAGCAGCAACAAACGCCAAAGACGUACACGGGCCGCUCGAGCAGCAUUGGAAGGUGGUACUAUAGCCAGCACUAGGCGGGAUAGGUGGUUUACCGACGCCCUCGAUUUGGAUGCCGUUUUGAGCACCGCGGGAGGAUGGCCACAGGCACAACUAUUACAGCCGCAGGAAAGCAUAGGUGAAACGGAAUCAUUAGGUACUCCGAGCUCGACUGCAUCUGUGCAUAGUUUUGAAUGA